AGGCAGGGGAUGCUCCUCUCCAAGGAAAUAAAGUUCGAACUCCUCUCCCCAUCUGCUUGCUGAGACCAGAAGUGGUCUCCCAGGCACCAUCUUCCGCUCGCACUCCACACCUGCUGUCCCCUAAAUUUCUAAUCUGGUUUUGCAUAUUUAAAAGGACACACACACACACACACACACACACACACAACACCCAAAGCCCGGGAGGUGCAAUCCUGCCUUCCGCAACUACCGAAACUUACCAGCCACUCCGGUUGUUUUUGUCUGAAGGAAAGGACAACAAAGAUUUUUACUCUGGGUCUUCUUGUGGGGUGGCUCUUUUACAGCACUCGAAUAUGCAUGUGUUACACACAUAUAUGUGUUUCCUUUUUCCCCUUUAAUUUUAUUUUUAUUUUUAUUUUUUUUUUCUUAGCAAGAAAAUCUGCUAGGUCCCAGGCAGUCGCUGCUGCCCCUUUGAUGUUUUGGUACGCCGUGCGCAUGCGCGUCCCAUUAGAAUUACUGCACUGGGCAGACUAAGUUGGAUCUCCUCUCUCCAGUGAAACCCUCAAUCCCAUCAAAAACUAAAGGGAUGUGGAGAGUCCGGAAAAAGGGCUACUUUGGGAUUUGGUCAUUUCCCUUGAUCAUCGCCGCUGUCUGUGCGCAGAGUGUCAAUGAUCCUAGUAAUAUGUCACUGGUCAAAGAGACGGUGGAUAGACUCCUGAAAGGCUAUGACAUUCGCCUGAGACCAGAUUUUGGAGGUCCCCCCGUGGCCGUGGGAAUGAAUAUCGACAUUGCCAGCAUCGAUAUGGUUUCUGAAGUUAAUAUGGAUUACACGUUGACAAUGUAUUUUCAACAAGCCUGGAGAGAUAAGAGGCUGUCAUAUAAUGUGAUACCCUUAAACUUAACUCUGGACAACAGAGUAGCAGACCAGCUCUGGGUGCCCGACACCUACUUCCUGAAUGACAAGAAGUCGUUUGUGCACGGAGUGACCGUCAAGAACCGGAUGAUCCGCCUGCAUCCCGACGGGACUGUCCUCUAUGGCCUCAGAAUCACAACCACAGCUGCCUGCAUGAUGGACCUGAGGCGGUACCCACUGGAUGAACAAAACUGCACCUUGGAAAUUGAGAGCUAUGGAUAUACAACUGAUGACAUUGAGUUUUACUGGCGCGGGGAUGACAACGCAGUAACGGGAGUAACAAAGAUUGAACUCCCCCAGUUCUCCAUCGUGGAUUACAAACUUAUCACCAAGAAGGUCGUUUUUUCCACAGGUUCCUACCCCAGGUUGUCCCUCAGUUUCAAGCUGAAGAGAAACAUCGGUUAUUUUAUCCUGCAAACGUACAUGCCUUCCAUCCUGAUCACUAUCCUCUCCUGGGUCUCCUUCUGGAUUAACUAUGAUGCCUCAGCCGCAAGAGUGGCAUUAGGAAUUACAACUGUCCUUACAAUGACCACCAUCAACACCCACCUCCGUGAGACUCUCCCUAAAAUCCCCUAUGUGAAGGCCAUCGACAUGUACCUGAUGGGGUGCUUCGUCUUUGUUUUCAUGGCCCUCCUGGAAUAUGCUUUGGUCAACUACAUCUUCUUUGGAAGGGGACCCCAACGCCAGAAGAAAGCAGCCGAGAAGGCUGCCAGCGCCAACAGUGAGAAGUUGCGCCUGGACGUCAACAAGAUGGACCCACAUGAGAACAUCUUACUGAGCACGCUUGAAAUAAAAAAUGAAAUGGCCACAUCUGAGGCCGUGAUGGGUCUUGGAGACCCCAGGAGCACCAUGCUGGCGUACGACGCGUCCGGCAUUCAGUAUCGGAAAGCCGGGCUACCCAGGCACAGUUUUGGCCGGAAUGCCCUGGAGCGACACGUGGCUCAGAAGAAGAGCCGCCUGCGGAGACGCGCCUCCCAGCUGAAAAUCACCAUCCCCGACUUGACUGAUGUGAAUGCCAUAGACCGGUGGUCCCGCAUAUUCUUCCCGGUGGUUUUUUCCUUCUUCAACAUCGUCUAUUGGCUUUACUAUGUGAACUAAAACACAGCCUUUCGCGGGAAGCAAGGACUAGAUUCCUCCUCAAACCAGUUGUACAGCCUGACAUAGGACUUGGAAAACACAUCAAUCCAGGACAAAAGUGAUGCUUAAAUACCUUAGUUGCUGGCCUAUCCUGUGGUCCAUUUCAUACCAUUGGGGUUGCUUCUGCUAAGUAAUGAAUACAGUAAGGUCCUUGUGGUUUUCCAGUUAAAAUGCAAGGGAUUUGCGCACUCGCUGGCAAGACUGAGCCUGAGCGUUCCACUUUAUCUGCUUAGUAUGCAGCCGACACAGAGGGGGAUUAUUUAGAAGAUGUUCGUAGAAGGCUCACUAGCGCUGUCAGUCAUUCCGCUGAGAAGCGGUCCCAUCCAGAACCUCCCAUCGUCAUUCCUAAGGUCGGCAUGCUGCUGCGACGGCCGGCAUGCUUCUGAAACACCGCCCUCAGUGCCACGCGGACACGCCUUCGGAAGGUGCUCUGUGCCUGUCUCGUUACAAUGAUAAUGGUGCCAUGGGAAGGUACUUCCCACUGGCUUCUAGAACAUUCUCGUGUAGUUCAAACGGGAUAGAAGGAGUCAAGACAGAGAGUCCAGAAACCACCUUGGCCACUUUCAGAUUGCUCGAGCGCUGAGAGUCAGCUCUGACAUCUUCCAUUUUGACAUUAGAGAUCAGGAGAAUUCUAAGCGUUUUCACGCAUGACAGCCAAAGAAAUUUUUUUGAAAACGUUGUUUCCUAGGUGGUUCAAGGAGAGUUCAAAACCCAGAGCGGAGCGGAAAAUCCAGAAAUGACUGUUGUAACAAAAUCAAAGCAAGCAAGCAAGCAUCAGAACCCUUCUCAGCCCACACAGCAUCUGGUCUAUACGGAUCGUGAGCAGUAGCAAAAGGUAGAACAAGAGAUUGUUUUCCAAUUUCACAAGCUUUUGACAGCAUACCUACAGAAGCUUGUAUAGUUUAUCUAAGUCAAAGACAUCCACACAAGAGAAAAGCUAGCCAGGUUAGAAUUCUCUUAGAGGGAGGUUAGAUUGAGAGUCACUCAAAUAUACUAACAUGGAGCCCAGACAAAGUGAGCAGACACGUCGCUUUUUCCCCACGUCUGCUGUCUCUGCAACACUUUCCCUAUACGUUUAUUUCUGACUUUAAUAGGGUAUUCAAAAGAAGGAUUUGUUCAUUUCUUUAAAGGAUUAAUGGUUCUUUCCAGCUUUUCUUGCUUCUGAAAUUCUGAUUAUAUUUUUGGAAGACAGAAAAAGUAAGGCUUUGGAGAGAUUGAGUGAACUCUGUUUCCUUAUGUGCAAUACAGUUCACCUGGGUAUUUUUCAUAGCAAACAAUACUUCAAAGAUUAUGUGCACAAGUGGAGUCAGUCCGGGGAUUUGUUGGAUUUUAUUUCUUUAAGAUUGCUUUCAUUGUGGCAUGUUGCCAUCUCCCUAAUCAAGGAAAAUAGGAAAACAAGUGGACAACAGAAUAACAAAACCACAUUAACUUGAAGAAGGUUAUGAACCUCAGCCAAUACUGCAGAAAAAUAUCUAACUGAUAAUCAGGUGGGCACGAUGUGUUGUUUUCAUUCAGUGUUUAAAUCGUGUCACUGUGCAUCUUCCAGCAUAUGCAUUCAUAUGUUGGACAGUAAAGAGAAUAAGCUAAUACAUUUUAUUUCUUUCAAUUUGAGGUUCAUGGAGAAAAUAGUGAAUUGCUAAACUUUCUUUAGAGUUUGAUUUGAUUGAACUUCUUCUUGGAGGAUGACUUUGCUAUUUCUACUUAAAAAAACAAAAACCACCUCUUUUCAGAGUAAUAUUCCGAAUUGUGCAUAGCAGCCAAGGCCAGGGUCUGCCCAUCGAUGAGAUGUUAUGUUUUCCCCUGAUGAUUUAGCUGCUUGGAAUAUGAUGGAAUCCUACUGCCCUCUAUUCCAAGUAUCUGAGAAGAAGAAAAAAAAGUUUAGUACUUAGCUUUCUGAAAUUGCCUCAAAAUUGGGUAGUAUUUUUUGCUCCCCACUGGCAUCAGAGACUAUGGCCUUUAUUUUUUUAUCAUAAACUUGAACACCUCUGAGUCUGAUCUUUGGGCAGAAUCCAACUAUGUUUCCGCCCAUUCUCAGAGUAGAGACUCUUCAAGUUUCUCCAGGGACACGCUUUCUCCAAGGCAAUGAUUUUGGGGCAUCACUCAUAAAAGUGCCUGCCUCUUGUCACCAGGGUUAAAGUUUGAGUGGCAUACAUCAGGAAGGAACCUAUUAAUAACUCAGGUGCACAACUCCAAAAUGCCAUUCUGAAAUGGUUUCUCUAGAGACAACUCGGAGCCCAAGUUUAGAAGUGGGCUCUUAUUUGCAAUUAUUGUAAAAGCCAUAAAAAUCCUUGAUAUUGUCACUUAAAACGUUGACAUCCAGAGAAGUGAACACAGUAAUCUAGAUCAGAGCAGAAAGAAGCAACCUCGCAGCAUGAGCAUCCAAAGCGUAUAACCAGGGAUUCAUUUCUGCUCUCAGUGGUGAGAAGAAACUAGGAAAAAGAGAAAAGAUGGGACCUUGGAACAGAUGCCCUAGAGCAAAAUCCACAUGUCGGCAUUCAAUAACCGCGUAGUUAGAAACAACCGACUCAUCCUGCUCAGAGGUAACCAAAAGUAGAUAUAGAAUUGACUCUUAAACUACGUUUUUACUGUGGUUGAAUUGGGUUUGAGGGUGGGGGCUCAAGAAAAGGGGUGUUCGAUCUCAUAAGUCCACAAAGACCUGUCAGCUAGCUAUCCAGUGGUUAAAUGUAAGGACCACAAAAACAUGUUUUUGCAAUUCUGAUAUGCUAUUACUAUCAGUUUAUACACAUACAUGUGGUUUGUCUUUUGAUUAAAAUACAGCCAGAUAGCCAGCAAUUAAGGUGUUUUUUCAUCUUUGUGAAAUUCAUAGGCAAAUUCUGACUCUAAAAUGCACAGUCUAAAUGGAAUCUUUGAUCUCAAUCUGUAAAUAUAUAUUGUACAUGACUGCUAGUAGGUAUGAAAUGCAUUUUCAGAACUGAAAACUCAUGCAACAUAAUCAUGUGUUUGCAUAGGGAAUGUUACCAUUUCUCCACUGCAAUUCGCUAACAGGAAAAGACAUAAUCAGGGCCAUUUAGACCGUUCCUCUUCUCAUCUCUUCCAAAGCAGUGCUCAGUUAAAAAUAAUGAUAACAAAAAUGGUCUAUGAGCCAAAAGACUUUAUCUUCUAGCAUUAGAAACAAAAACAAAACAAAAAAAGCCUGCCAGCUUAUAAAAGCACAACAUAUAGAGAAAGUUCAGUGGAAAGCAAAAUGGGAAAAUGAACCAGAUUUAUUUUAAGCAAGACCUGCAUUAAAUUGGCAACUAAGACAGUUUUCAUUUUCUGUAGGUAACCGUGUUACGGUUUUAUGAUUAACUUCAUACUCAACAACAAAAACAGCAAAACAAUGAACAAACAACCUGUCAUACAACAAUCUACAUGUAUAUAUGUGUAUAUAUAUCCAUGUAAACAUACAUACAUGUAUAUGCAUUCAUGUGUUGGAAAACAAAAGGAAUAAGCUAAUGUCUUUCAUUUCCUUCAUCAAACCAGUGUAUGAGUCUUUUUGAUUUGACCGCCCACACAUCGACAUACUGAAACAAGUGAUACAGGGUACUGAGCAUUUCUCUAUCAGCAAGUCAAUGCCUCCACUUCUGAGAACCAUCGCACAAUCUGUACUAUACCUCAGAACAUCCGAAAUUAACUAGUUCUCGCGUUGCUUGUCUACUCGCUCUCUUUUUCUAGGAAACAAAUAACAUUGUCCAUUGGUGAUUUAACAACAAAAAUGUCUUAAGGAAACAGAAAGUGAUUUUUAAAAAUCCUUCUAGGAGGAGGGAAAAAAAAAUAACGAAACCCCGCCACGUUGGUUAGGGCAAACACUCUCAACUGUAGCAAUCACGCCAUUUUGCUGAGUGUGCAGAGUCCGUGUAAUGUGAGCAAUCAUGACGUUCGCUGCGUGUGUGUAAAUAUCCAAACAGAUUUCUUACAUAUUUUUAACUUCUAAUUUGUAUUUUAUGGUAAGGCAAUGUGCGAAUUCUGUUCAUGGCUUAAGUUGAUGUGUUAUAAUAUUAUGUAAAUAAUUAAACAUGCUGUAAAUGAAUAGUCAAUAGAUACAAAUAAUUGUUUAGUUUUUUCUUAAUAUUUAUUUAUUUUUUACUAAGUACAAUUACUGCAGUGCCCCAACAGAGUAAUUUAAACAUCCUUUUGCAUAAAUGGUUUGGGAUCCCAGAUCGAAGGGUUUCAGUUUGCUAUCUCUCUCACACACACACACACACACACACACACAUUCACACACUCACACUCACAUUCCAACACAAUACGCUUUCCCUUGCCUGCUCACUCACUCCCACUCUUGCUCCCUCUGUGGGAAACACACAGUGUCCGUGUAGUGAAUAUAACAACCAAGAGAGAACCUUAGAAAUGGCAACCGGGAGAAGCAGAAAUGAUCAUUGAUUAUUUGAGAGGGUUUUCUACGUGUCAGAGUUCAAGAAACCAAAGGCUGUAACUUAAAUCUCAAUUUUCAAAGAGGACAAGUUUAUAUUGAUGGCACCAGAGAAAUAAAAAUGCUUAUUAUUCACACUCGCUCCAGACCUUUGUUACACACAAUGCAUACUGGAAGACCUUUUUUUUUAAGUAAUAGCAUUUUGUCUUUAGAUAGUAUUGUUCCUUUCAACCAAAGACUCCAGAAUUAUUUAAAAAACAAAAAAGGAAAGAAAAAAAGAAAAAUGAGGGAAAAUUGAUAAAAAAAAAAGACACUGCUUCAAACCAAAGGUUUCAAAAACAUUUUCCAAGUACACUAGGAACAUUGUCAAAAACAGUAGCGCCAACAUGAUGCCAAUUAAGAUACCACCCUAACGAAGUCAUUUCAGGAAACAGUACUUCAACCCAGCAGCGCCCUUAAACAUCUGUUUGCUUUUUGGACAUUGAAGUAAAACAUUUCUGUAGAUACAUGCAAAAUUUUGCCAUCAGAUAUUAAUUUGCUUCGAGAAGUUCUUUUGUGAUAGACAAAUAUGAUCCAGAUGAGGAAAGUCAAGAUUUUGUGGUUUUUAACUUCCAAAAGCAAACGUCUCCUGUCCCGCGUCCACUCAUCAGAUGCCCGUGUGUGUGUCCUUCCACCGUCCGACGCAAGGCGACAGACACCUCUGUCGGCUUGUAUCUUUCCCUUCCCAGUUCAGUCACUUACGUCCAGCCGUGCUCAUUUUUAACAUGAUUCAAAGUGGCAAAUAAUUUCCGUUCCAUAAUAUUUUUUAUUUUGAUUUGCAUGGGUGUUUAAAUAGUUCUGUUCUGAAUAUUGUCCCUGCAACAGUUCUGAAUUGUCCUUUUAUAAAAAGUGAUAUUCUAGUUUCCUCACAAUGUAGUGAUUAUCAGCCUUACUAAGUACCUUGUAGCCUUUCUGAAUAUGCACAGAAUGCACAUUUUUCCAAUGGCUAGAAAAUGCAGAACACAAGUGGAUAUCAUUGCAUCUAUUUUCAUGUCUUUCUAAAAACAGGACUACUAAAAAUCUCUGGGAUACAUGAGAUCGUAACAAAUGAGGAUUAUCAAUGAGUAGCACAUAAGAAUUAUUUUCUUGAAUUUAAACUUACUACAAGUCAGUUUCAGCAUGUAAAUAUCCAAUAGUGUUGGCUAGUGUGUAAUUCUUGAACUAAGAAAUAUAAAUAAAACUUGAAAGGAUG